AUGAAUGCACUCGUAGUAAAGAAGGGUUACAUUUCGGUGAAGGAAGAUGGUUUAAGGGCUUGGAUAUGGUCGAAGAGAUGGUUAUUACUCAGAGAACAAACACUUACUUUUCAUCGUAACGAGAAUACGUAUCAAGCCGUUGCUCUAAUUUUCCUUAAAGAGAUUAUAAACGUUUCUCGGACAGAUUUAAAACCUUACUGUUUUGAAAUUCAAACAAAAGACAAGACAUAUUACCUUUCUUGCAAAAAUGACGAAGAAUUGUAUUCCUGGAUGGAUGAAAUUUAUACGCGAUCACCUUUAAGCGGCGUAUCCAACCCUACAAAUUUUUCGCAUAAUAUACAUGUUGGAUUUGAUCCAGUUAGUGGGAUGUUUACAGGAAUGCCUGAACAAUGGACUAAACUUUUGACAGCUUCAGCUAUCACUCAAGAAGAUUAUGAAAAAAAUCCUCAAGCAGUUUUAGAUGUAUUGGAAUUCUAUACAGAAAAUCAAAAGAGAGAGAGGGAAUACGAAGAUGGUAUAUUAGGUCACAUUCCAGGUUUCCCUGCACAACCUGAUGAUAAAUGGGCUGACCUAUUACCGAAAAAAAAUAAUGUGCCUGCAAAGAACCAAUUAUUUCCUAAUCCUAAUGGUAACGGAUAUGAUAUGAAUAAAAUUUCACCUGGUGGGGUCACUGGAAUGGGUAAUAACAGUAUGAAUGGAAGACAAAUGGUCCAACCAAACAACAUGAGCAAUAAUUCCAUAGGUGGUAGAAAUGAUAUUGCAGAUUCUUCUCGCAAAAUGUAUUAUGAAGAUACUCGACCUGAUAUUCCACCAAAUCGCCCUCCAAUUACCCCAAGGCCUCCAAAUACGCUGAGUGCAAAUAAUAUACGUCCACCAACAAAUUCCGGACCCGCUCCAUCAAUUGCCUCAUCCACAUAUAAUCAGCAACCUUCUCAACCAAUGAUGUCAUCAACACCCCAACGUAUUCCUGAAAAGUAUUCAUCUUCACAAAAUUAUCAACAACAACAACCACCACCGCAAAUCCCUCAACCACUAAAGAAGUCUGCACCAGAAAGAAGGAUUAGCACAAUGACAGAAGCACAGAUUAUGGAAAAAUUGAGAUCAGUGGUUUCGCCAGGUGAUCCAACUAUAAUCUAUAGUAAAAUUAAGAAAGUUGGUCAAGGUGCUUCCGGUUCUGUAUAUGUUGCUAAGUCCCUCACGACAAGCGCUAAAGUUGCCAUUAAACAGAUGGAUCUUUCGCAUCAACCUCGAAAGGAGCUCAUUGUUAAUGAAAUUCUCGUAAUGAAAGAAUCGCAGCAUCCAAAUAUUGUUAAUUACCUUGAUUCUUUCUUAGUAAAAAGCAAUGAACUUUGGGUAGUUAUGGAAUAUAUGGAAGGUGGAGCAUUAACGGAUGUUAUUGACAAUAAUACUCUUGAAGAAGAUCAAAUUGCGGCUAUAUGCUUUGAGACAUGUAAGGGACUCCAACACCUUCACGGACAAAAUAUUAUUCACCGUGAUAUUAAAAGCGACAAUGUUCUGCUGGAUGCAUAUGGUCACGUAAAAAUUACCGAUUUUGGUUUUUGUGCCAAAUUGACCGAUCAAAAAAAUAAACGUGCAACAAUGGUUGGAACUCCUUAUUGGAUGGCGCCUGAAGUAGUAAAACAAAAAGAAUAUGGUGCCAAAGUAGAUAUUUGGUCACUUGGAAUUAUGGCAAUUGAAAUGAUAGAAAACGAACCACCCUACUUAGAUGAAGAACCUCUUAAAGCUUUAUAUUUAAUUGCCACGAAUGGCACCCCAACAUUGAAAAAGCCAGAAAAAUUAUCUCGAGAGCUCAAGAGUUUCUUAGCUGUAUGUUUGUGUGUAGAUGUUAAAAGCAGGGCAACUGCUUUGGAACUUUUAGAACAUGAAUUUUUGAAGAAAGCUUGUCCGUUAUCAGACCUUGCUCCUUUGCUUAAAUUCAAGACCGCGAAGGAUGGAAGAUCAUAA